AUGGGCAGCUACACUUUCAAGUGGGAGCAUCCCGCCGAAGAAGUGUUCGUCACGGGCACCUUUGACAACUGGACGAAGAGCGAGCAGUUGGCCAAGGAGGGUGACGUCUUCCAGAAGACGGUGGCCCUGAAAGAUGCAUCGCAGAAAAUAUACUUCAAGGUAGGUCGAGAGCUUGCUGUCGUGCUGCGGCCGCCCACCAUCCGCUGCUUCUGCCGCUGCGUUUUUGAUGCUUUGCUAUAUGCUGCCCUUUUUCUUCUCUCCCUUUCGCAUAUGCCAUUGGCCAUGGCCUUGUUCAGCUCCAGCCUCAAUGCGCUGUUCAGCCCAUCGCUCGAUAUGAUCUACCUGGGGGUCGCUGAAACCCCCCACGGCGCUUCCUCUGUCGUCUGCGCCGGGGGCUGUGACGCAACCCAGCGCGACGCAAAUGCCCGCGGGUACGUCGUCGACGGAAACUGGACGGUAAACGAGUCUUCUCCCAAGGAGGCCGAUCACGAGGGCAACGUCAACAACUUCAUUACUCCUGAGGACAUACUCAAGUCCGACCCCGCAGCUGCCUUCAUCAGCACCGUUACUCCCCAGUCCACUACCGCUAAAAUGGCGAGUGAGCAGCCCGUUGAGAAGCCCGAGGGUGUCGCUACCCCUUCUGACGUUCCCGGCGGCUUCCCGGCGACCCCCCAAACCGAGUUGGACAAGCCGAUCAGCGUCAAUCCUCUGCCCGCUGCUGCUGGCGCUGUCAACCCCAUCACGCUCGCGCCUGGCGAGGAGGUUCCCAGUGUCGGCAUUGAGAGCACCAAUGAGCACAUCAAGCUCGACAAGGAGUCUUAUGAGAAGAGCGACGCCCUUCCCGGCGUUGUCGCCGCCGACCUACCCCCUGUCACCAGCAACCUGAUUCCCGAAUCCAGCCUUCCCGUGACUGCUGCCUCCGAGGACGUCCACAUCAACACUGUUGGUGGUGAUGGCGCCACCACCGUUGGCCUGGCUGCUCAAGUCCCCCUCGAGGCCAAGGUUCCCCAAGUCGUCAAGGAGAGCCAGGAGAAGGCCAACGCCGAGCCUGAAGCCGCCGCCGUCCCCGAAGAAGUCGAGGCCAAGGCCAAGGUUGAGGAGGAGCUCAAGGAGAAGGUCUCCGAAGCUCCCGUCACCUCUGAGGACAAGCCUAUCGUCGACACCGAGGCCAUUGCUGCCGCCGCCGCCACCACUGGCGCUGCUGUUGUGGCCGCUGUCAUUGCCGCCAAGGACAGCCUUGUCGAGACCGCCGGACCUGUCGCCAACGACGCUGUUGCUGCUGCUGUUGACGCCGCCAACAAGAACCUCCCUGAGUCCGUCAAGGAGCAGCUGCCUGAGCCCGUCAAGGAGACACUGGCGCAGCAUGAAACUGCCGCCAAGGAGGAGACCCGAGAGGAGGUUUCUCCCGAAGUCCCCGCCGAGGUCAAGGAGUCCAUCACCGAGGCCGGUAAGAGCCCCGAAGCUGCCGCCAACACUGUCGCCGUCGAGGAGAAGAAGGAGGUCGAGGCCGAGCUGCUGAAAGAAGUCAAGCCGGUCGCGGCUGUCGAUGAGCCCAAGGUUGAGGAGACCAAGGCCCCGGUUGAGGUGCCCGUCACCUCUGCGACCAUUACCGACGUGGCAGCCAUUGACAGCCCGGUGACCGAGGUCAGCAAUGUCCAGGUCACCAAGACGGAGGUCCCCGUCGAGGAGCUCACCAAGGACGCCCCCGCAACUGAGGAGCCCAAGGCUGUUGUGGAGCCAAAGGUCGAAGAGCCCAAGACUGAGGUGGCCAAGACCGAGGCCCCGGCUCCCAUUGACACGACAGUUGCCUCGGAAGCCCCCAAGGCCGACGCCGACGCCGCCGUCGAUACCCCCGUCACCGAGACUGACAAGACAGAGGUGCCUCCGGUCGACGCGGCUACUGAGGAGCCCGCCAAGGGCGAUGCUGCCAACGGCGCCCAUAGCGAUAAGGCGUCUGAGAAGAAAAAGAAUCGUAUCAGCGCCUUCUUCAGCCGGUUCAGCAGGCACAAGUCCUCGGACAAAAACUAG